UCCAUGACUUUUUUGAGAAAGCGGAUGUGGUUGGUCCGCCAUAAUCAUUCGUGUGGGUCUGUGCUUGUGUGGUUUGGGUGUCUUACCGGUGCCAACCAUUAUUUUUAAUUAGUAAUAAGUUAUGCGUAUGAAUCCAGACAUGGACGAUGACGAGAAGGGAAAACUGUUUGUCGGUGGUUUAUCAUGGGAGACGUCGCAAGAGAACCUGCAGCGCUACUUCUCUCGCUACGGUGACGUGAUCGACUGCGUGGUGAUGAAGAACAGCGAGUCGGGGCGCUCGCGCGGCUUCGGGUUCGUAACCUUCGCGGAGCCGUCGCUGGUCAACGUUGUGCUCCAGAAUGGACCGCAUCAGCUCGAUGGCAGAACUAUCGACCCCAAGCCGUGCAACCCGCGGACGCUGCAGAAGCCCAAGCGCGGCGGCGGCUACCCCAAGGUGUUCCUCGGCGGUCUGCCGUCCAACAUCACGGAGACGGACCUGCGCGUGUUCUUCGGCCGCUACGGGAAGGUCAUGGAGGUCGUCAUCAUGUACGACCAGGAGAAGAAGAAGUCGCGAGGUUUCGGAUUCUUGUCAUUUGAAGACGAAAUUUCCGUUGAGAGAGUGACUCAAGAGCACUUCAUCAAUCUGAAUGGGAAACAGGUGGAGAUCAAGCGUGCCGAGCCCCGCGACGGCUCCGGCAAGUUGGGCUCCGGCGGUGGCGGCAUGGGCGGCGGUAGCAUGGGCGGAGCGCCCGGAGAUGCGCCCGCGGCCGGCCAGUGGGGCCCGCCGCAGGCUGCGCCCAUGAACAUCAUCCAGGGCCACAACGGCCAGAUGGGCGGACCGCCUAUCAACAUGCCCAUGGCUGGACCUAACAUCAUGCAAGGGUACCAAGGCUGGGGCACGUCGGCGGGGCAGACGUCGUACGCGGGCUACGGCGCGGCGGGCGGCGCGGGCGGGCCCGGCAACUACCAGGGCUGGGGCGCGCCGCCCGCCCCGCAGGCGCCGCCGCACGCGCCCGCCUGGCCCGCCACCAACAACUACACGCAGCACGCGCAGCCGCCCGCGCAGGGCUACGGCAGCUACGCUAACUACAGCUCGGCCCCGGCGGGCGCGUCGGCGGGCGGCAGCUGGACUAACUGGAGCAUGCCGCAGAACUCCAACUCGACUGGCUCCGGCUCGUACGUGCCCCUGUCGGAGGGCGGCGAGAUGUACGGGCGCGGCGGCGGCGGCGCGGCGGGUGGCGCGCAGCCCGCACUGGCCGGCGCGCUGUCGUCGGCGGCUCUGUCCAAGAGCUCCUCGGCGGCCGACUACUCGUACCAGCAGUACCCGCCCGCGUACCAGCAGGACCAGGGCUCGUCGUACGGCGGUGGCGGGUCGCGGUACGGCGCCGGCGGCGAGUACCCGGGCGCCGCGCAGCCGCCAGAGAGCGACGGUGUAGGCGGCACGGCGGGGAGUCCUAAGUUUGUGAGCAUGGCCCCCAUGAGCGACACCAUCGGAACUCCGCCACAGGUGCCAAUGAUCUACUGUCCGGCCAUAGUGUCGCCGCAGCCGUCCUUCUGUAAUGUUUCCGACGUGUCCAACACUGCGUCAGGUGAUGAUUAUGAAUACACUGGGGCAUCAGGAGACGGGUAUCAGCGUUCGUCCAAACGGAGCCACCACGGAUCAUCCAGCGGCACCGCAUCUGCGUCAUCCUACCAUCCCUAUCGACGUUAGCGAUUGAGGUUAUCCUCGCCGCUCAUGUUGCCCUGGUAGGUCAAACAUCUUGAGCGGGCACUACGUUUGCGUCAACUUCUAUGUGUCUGUCUGUCGACGUUAGCGUGUGAGUUCACCUCCUCAUCGCUCAUGCUACUUUGGUACCUCAUUGCUCUUUACACAUCACUGUACGUCCUAUGAGAAGAAAAUACUAAGUUACUCAUUCCUAUACAAGAAUUAGAUUAUUUAUAUCUAUUAUCAGAUGUCUUGGUAUGAAAUACUAUUUUUAGAAGAAUUUAGCUUGCAAUAGGUAUAUGACAUUACCCGUGUUGAUUUAAAUCACAUCGUUUUGUGUGAACACAAAGGUACAAGGCAUGUCACAGGAUUCUGCAGGCACAGUUAGAUAUAUCAAUGUCAACCAGCUGAUGUGUAGGCAAUGCCACCUUUUUUUGACUUUUUUUGUAAGCUGUUUUACGGCUCUAUCGAUAUUUGAUUAUACUUGUAAAAUAAUAUUUUUCCUAUGAACGCAAUCAUUGAGUUUGUAAAUGUUUUAUUAUUUUUUUUUCUUUUUUACGGAUACGAGUCUAUAAGAAACGUUUGACUAGAUAAUGGGUACAUAAAGCUAGAUGUUUACUAACUGAGAGAACUCCGGGCAAUUACCUUGGUUGUCAUUGGAUUUUUCAACUUGUAUUUUUAAACGUUUAGUUUAUUACACGUAUUUACUUACGUGUGUAUGUUAAAAUAGUUUAAAAAGAACCUGCCUCGUUAAUAUAAUAUUUUUAGUACAUUGUGAUGUUUCUUAUAAACUUUAGUCCCUACAAUUAGGUUGGUUAGAUAAGUUUUUUUUUUCUUUUAGACUUAUUUCUUUAGGACUAGUUUCAAACCAUUUGAAACAUUUAAAUUUUUUUUAGUUGUAAUAACUUGUUUUGUGGGCCCCAUUAGUACUUCUAUUUCACAAUUACAAAACAUUACAGUACUUGAAAGUUCAUGACCGAAGCAUAUUUUUGUAUAAGCAAAAUUAUAUUGUUAAAGGUAUGCAUUUUAGACUUGCAACAGUCCAGUUUGAUCACUUGUAUACUAAAAUAUUUGUAUAAAUUUCUGGUUUCAAGAUGAGAUAUUAUGUCAUGGAAUUUGAUCAAAAAGAUUCUUUAAAAAAUUACCAUACUUAGUGAACAUCGCACCACCGAAAAUAAACGAAUAAGUGAUUUCCAUACAGAGUUACUUAUGUACUUACCUAAAUAAAACUUUGUAUUUCGUAUAUUAGUAUACAUAAGCAAUUAAGAUAUUCUUUAGUCUGUGCAUCUUGCACUUCAUUUGAGGGUAAACCACAGAUGAGACAGCGCUAAAAGCUAACGCUUUUAGAAGUAGCAAGGGGGCGUGGCCUGCGUACACCCGGGUGUGCGGAACAUCGCAAGCGUUUCCGCGCAUGAACUAGCAGUCUUGGUUUGUUUACUGACAUUGUAUUAUUACACUAUAUAUGUGUUUGUUUAGGCCACGCCCCCGGGUGCGCUUGUUUCAAUACAAAGAAUUGGCACUUUAUAAAUCUUGUUAUCUCUUAUAUCUGUGUGGUAAACCGUAUGUAAUUGUGAGAUGGAAAAACUAAACCAUCAUCAUAUGCAUUUUAUAUCGUAUACCAGUUAUUAACUUAACCACUCAUGUGGUAAAGUUUGCAUUUCAACUGACAAGUACAUAUACAUUGACUGAUUGUAUGUUUCGAAUAUAAUAAAUAACUCCAAAUGUUUCAUACACAUCAUUUGGCAUAUCUACCGAAUUUAUAUUUAGGUACAUACAGUAAGUUUUUUUUUUAAUAAAAUUUAUAUUUAAUUACUUCCUGCAACCAUUCCGAUGGUUACGAAUCUAGAUUAAGACGUUGUAUUUUCAUAGUUUUUAUACACAAGGGCGUGUGAGGUCGCAAUGCAUCGCUAAAUGCUAUUUCAAACUAAUAAUUUAAUUGUAUUAUAUAUGAUUAAUUAUUAUUUAAGAAUUUGUACGGUUUUAAUAAAUUAGAGUGAAAUCUUUUACACCAUGUUAUCAUGAAUUUGCAUUAAUUGUGUAUGAAAAAUGAUUCCAAACUAAUCAUGACCUACUCAUUAUAUUUUGAUUGUGUUGUGGAGCGACCUGCAUAAAGCGCAAUAUCCAUCGCAAGCGAAGCUUUUACUAGUACCUACCUACCUACAUACAUUAAAACUUUAAGUGUGUAUAUUUAGCAUAGCAAACUUUUUGCCAAAUUUUACGUUUUUGUCUUGUAUUUUGAGAAUUUGAUAUCAUAUUUUUUUUUUCAUUUGAUGCUAAUUUUUCUUUUCUCGCUGAUCUAAACUUUUCGUAAAAGGUCCUAUCUUUCGAGCUUUUUAGGCAAGGUAGUCGCGAAAGGUAAAUUGUUGUAAAAUGACAACCAUGGCAAACAAAAAGUGCUCGCGUUCUUAUCUUAAUAUACUUAAAUACAUAGCAUAUUAAUACUAAAUUACUUAACCCUUGUUGUGGAUAUUGCGCACGCCGUUAUAGUUUGUAAGAGCGUUUCAAAAAUCAUGUCGCAAAACAGUAUUUUACUCAUAGUAAUUAAAUUAUACGCUCAACAAAAUUUCCUACAUCCGUUACCUAUACAAUUGAAUGCCUCAAAUGCCUUUAAUUCAUAUCUUUGCCGUUGAUAAAAUUAAGAACAAUUAACUUUAGUCAAACUGUAUUAUAUUAAUGGUGAUAUAUCGCAUAUACUAAGUUACUCCAUCUUAAUUAUUAUGCACCAUUUUAUGCAGAUUAUUUUUACCUGGUCACAUAUUUAGUAGACACCUGCGCUUGUGUAGCGUUUAUUGUCUAUGCUGCAAAAGACGUGACUUCGCAAUAGACAGUGACUGGAAAUGACAUCUUGCGUUUAAGCAUAGACAAUAAACAAACACAAGGUGUUGCUAUAGUUGGUUAAAAAUGUGUGCGAAAUAUUAACUUUUUUAAUCUGUUUAUGGAAAGAGCGUUGUACACAAUGACUUAAUAUGUAAUAUUACGAGAAUUCUAUGAUACCGAAUUUAUAGUGAAAUGGAAUAAGUCAAUGUGUGCAUCCUACGUUAAAUUAGGUAUUUCUUUAGUUUCACGGUUUUCAAUGUCAUGAAUUCCAUGUUGAAGAAAACACUAUGUUCUCAUUUGACAUCUGUAUUUUGUUCUAUUUAAAUAAUAAAAGUACUAAUAAUAUUAA